ACGCGCCCGGGGCGCGGGAAGGGGCGGGCGGCUCCGCGCUGGCGGGGGCGGCGCGGCGGCAGGGGCCGGGCCGGGCCGGGCCGGGCGGCGGCGGCGCGCAGAGCAGCGGAGCGGAGCGGAGCAUGGGUUUUGGAACCUUUGUUGCGAUUGGGGUUACCCUCUUUGCAGUGAUCGUAGUCACUAUUAUCCUGUGCCUCACCUGCUCGUGUUGCUGUUUGUAUAAAGCAUGUCGAAGACCACGGCCUGUUGUGACUACCACGACUGCCACCACGGUGGUUCACGCUCCCUAUCCCCAGCAACCAGCCGCGCCGGUGGGCUACCCAGCAGCGCCGUACCAAGGCUACCAGCCCGUGGCUAUCCAGCCACAGCCUGGAAUGCCGAUAGCGCCGUACCCUACGCAGUAUCCUCCCCCUUACCCCACGCAGCCAUCGGGACCCCCAGCUUAUCAUGAAACAGUGGCAGUUGGUGCUGGAGCACCUUACCCCGUCAGCCAGCCCCCGUACAACCCUGCUUAUGUGGAUCCUCAGAGGCCUGUGUAUUGAACAGAUCUGCUACUACGCUUCUGUAUACAAAACUUUUUAAAAAUAUAAUUUGUGCUGUUUACACCAUGUAGUAUAUUUUCCUGGAAGACAACAAUAUUUUGUCCAAGUAAAGCGAAAGCGAAUUCAGUAUCUUUUUUUAAUGUUUUGAGUACACGGAAGGAGUAUUUUCUUGCAGAAAUUAUUCACUUAUACCUCAAGCAAAUACAAAAAGAGAUUUUGUUCAAAAUGCAGUGCAAAAAGUAUGAAGGAGUACUUCAGAAAUAAGGAUGAUCAUAACAUUUACUGUGCAAUAAUUUUGAAGUGUGAUAGAAAGGAAUGAUUUAAUAUGAGCAUUUUCAAACACCCAAAGCUGUAGCAAUCUUUUGCACAGUGCUAAAACAUAAGAACUUAAUCUCUAAGAGAAGCAACGAUAUAUGUUCUGCCUGUGUUGAAGUUACUAUCAUUAUGUAAGCUACAUUGUAAUAUGCUUCCUUUACGGUUUAAAAGGGAAUUUUUCUUUUUUGAAACAUAUUUGCAUUCUGUAAGGGAUAGUGAACCAUGUUUAAUUGUCUUUAUGCUAGUUGCAUUUUUCUCUGCUAAAUAGCAUGGGUUGGUUAUCUCCUUGUUUUCUUUUCCAAUUUUAAGGCUUAAAAGCUGUAACUUUAUUGGCUGUCUUUUCAGGUUAUUUUAAUUCAUGGCUAGAAAUCAGUAACAGAAACAAACCCUCUGCGACCCACUACAACAAACAGAUCAAAAGCUGAAAACCUGAGAAUUCUGUAUAAAAAUUAUUGGAUGAGUACUUGGUUUGUGUAAAUAGCUGUAUGUUAUUGACUAGUUUCAAAAAACAAAUCACCACCUUAGUCAUAUGUUAAGUGGACGUGACUGCCAGUAUUCAGUCCUGGCUCAUCACAGGGGAGGUAACUGGCUUUAUAGGAGAUACGCAAUGUCAAAAAUAGUUUGUGUUUUUUUAAAUUUUUAGGGUUUGUCACUGCCUGUAGCAGGAACCUUGUAGGGAUGUUGUAUCUUUAUAAACUAAGCCUGUAUUUGAGAAAUAAUAUUGGAGGGGAAUAAGAAAUACCAACCUGACAUGCAGUAGAGAUUAAAUCUCCCUUCUGUCUUCAACAUUCGCAUUAAACUGAGUAGAGAACGAGAAGUCAGGAUAAGGAGGGGUGGAAGGAUUUGGUCACAGAGAGAUAAUGCAUUUCCAACAUCACGCUUGCAGUCAUGAAAACAUCUUAAGACACCUUCAUGACUAUUACUAAUAUUUGCAAGGCUUUUGGCUCUGUACAACUUAUAUUUAUCAAGCGACUCUUGACUUUUUUAGUAUACUCUAUAAUUUCAUCUUUUCUAGCAUUGAAAUACAAUUCCUCAGAAGAGCUAUCUGUUGACUGUUGUAUCAACCACUGUGACAUAAUUUGCGGAAUAAUUUUGACACAUCUCGUAUACUGAUAUUACUUGCUGAGAGGCUGCUAAGCCACCUGUCCUGGGAUUCCACAUUUGCCAUAUAUUACUGCUUGAAAAACAUUGAUCUUGUAACUGAUGGUAUUGUUUUACCUCGUAUACCUGUGCAGAAUGAUGGAUGUCCAAGGCAGCCUUAUUUGUUUCUCACCUCGGUUUUUGAGCCCAUUUCUAUGUUAUUCCAGGUCUUGUUUAAGAAAAUCUUAAGGGUAUUUCAGAAAAAAAAAAACAUGUAGAAUUUCUUUAGCAUUGUGAUUCAUGACAACCUAUGCACCUCUGUUAAGCCUCUCUGAGCGGAGUGUUUAAGUUAACAGCAUGAAAUGGUGCCCAGAGGCACUCCCAAAGCAGGAAUGGACUAUACCUUUGUGAUCCUCCUCUUCCCUGUCUUGCAGCCCAGGAAUUGGGCAAUGCUUCAUUACACUGUUAGGAGUUGUGUGGCAGCAACCAAAAAUGGACAGUGUCCGCUGUUGAAGCGUUUCCCUAGAAGUCCUGAAUAUUUGUGUUGGAGGUCAUUAAAGUAGUGCAGAAGUCAUCCUUUUUGUGUAGAUCCUACCUGUGUGUGUUACGCACGUAGAAGGAGGGCAAAGACUAUUCCAGCAAUUUUGUUCGCCAGUGCCCAGGUGGAAUCUGGCCAGCGAGGCGCAGCCAGCAAGCGCAGGUACCAGGCAGUCCUCGGAGCACAGGUACGAUUUUCUAGUUUUUGUGUUUAUGAGGUGGUUUCUCUGCGCCUCCGUUUCCUUCCGACAUCUUAGGUGAUAAAACGUACAGUUCGUGGUGGUGUCAGUAGGGUUGUAUUUUUGGAUAUAAAAGGAAAGUCUGCAAUUUCAUGAGGAGAAGUUGGCUCUAUCAUCUGCCAUCUGUUAUCCCUAAGAAAAAAGCCCACGUACAGCAGGUAGUAGGAAAGUAAAGUGGUGGCAACAACAGAAGCCCCAAAUCUGAAGUUUUAGGGUCAAUAUAGUAGAGACCAGAUAGUACACAGAGAUGUUCAGGGUGAUUUAGGAGAGGUGGGAGAUGUGGUAUCCUGAAAGAGGGGUAGGGUUAAGGAGCCUGUUAAUUUACACCUUUCCUUCAAUAAGUAUAUGAUAAUGAUAGCUAUAUUCAAGUGAAGAGUUGAAUCAUUAAUACAUGAAGAAUGCAUUAACUACUUCAGUUACAAAAUUGGUUGAAAGAAGAGAAAAUGGUCCACUUUCCUCACUUCUUAAUUGGAGCCCUUAGCCAGAUCUUUUCUUGCUGUUAGUGUAUUAACCAUCAUCAAGAAUAAGACAUGGGACCAAAUUUUGUUCAGUUAUUCCCAUGCAAACCCAUUGAAACCUGUUUUCAUAUAGUUAAGUGAAUGGGAUGGUUAUAGAAAAGAAGUUGGUCCAUGAAGUUUUAGUUGAAUCAUUACUGAUGUGUCAUUCCAAACAGCUAAUUCCUUCAUUUCAAACUAGUUACCCACAGUGCCGUAGGGGAGGGGGAAUGGAGUUCAGAUUUUAAAUGUUGAAAGAGUAUAUGUUCUUUCCUUUUUUUUUUUUUUUUUUUUUUAAUUCUGUAAGUGCCUUUGUUUCAGAAAUGUCUUUGGAAAUUAGAUAUCAUAGAAUAUUCUGUUGUACUGAAUUUACUAGGUAAUAAUUGUUGACUUUAUUAUGUAUUGUAACCUAGCUUUGUAUGUUGUUUCUAGUUCAAAACGUAAGUACUCAGAAGAAAUGGCAUAAACUCUAUGCACCUUUGUAAUAAAUGCUGUGUUUGAAGUA